AUGGUCACGUACGUGUCUCCGUGCCACGCCGGCUGCGGGGGAGAGGAGUUGUUCGACGGGGUCAGGGCAUACACCAACUGCACUUGUUCAACAACCGGGCGCGCAGCCGUGGGUGCAUGCAGCGAUGUAAUGUGCAAGCAGUCCCACGGACAGCACGGCAUGCUGCUUGUGAUCGCCGUCACUUUUACACUGUUGUGCUUCCAAGCGCAGGGAGUUAUGCUGCUCCGCAUAGUGGACCCUCGGGACAAGUCUGUGGUUAUGGGCGUGGCGUGGUUUGUGGUCACGCUGAUGACGUUCGUGUUCGGACAUUUGUGGUUUAUGUGGAUGAGAGCCGGUAUGUGCCGUUGGUAUGAAGCGGAACAAUGCCACUUGCAAUACUCAAACUUCUCUAACCAUGUCGGUGGCACGUGCGCCGUCAUCGCUAUAGCAUCGCUCGUGAUCAGCAUUGUCUCCGCUUUCUCGUUACGGAAGAAGAACAAAUCCAAAGAUUAUAAGUUAGUGUACGUUAAGUCGAUUGAAAUGGAAGUAGAACAAAACCAAUGAGACAAAACAGAUUACAGGUUUAUGAAAAAUUGUGUUUUUCUUUCUUCCUCGAAAGUCUCAGUAGUACCUAGUCGUUUUCAACUUUCAUUUGGGAAGUAUGAAGGAAUCAUAUUAUAAUCAAUAAUUAUUGAUUAUAAUAUGAUUAAAUUUCGAUUGUUGAUAAUCAAUAAUUAAUAAUUAUUGAUUUAUAUUUAUAUUUUUUU